AGACGUUCCAAGCUAUCCGGCGGUAUUCCAGCUGAAAGACUUGAAGGUAGCGUGUCUCCCCAUACUAUUGUGUUCCCCAAAGAGCCCAAAACAUCCACAUCAGAGAGCUCAGCACCUGGAGCAGAGCGGAAUCAUGUCCACCAACCCCCGAGUGCACACUCGCAGACGGGCCAGCAGCGUCUCUCAAGCUCUAUCUGCUAUUCCCCUAAACAACGCGCCAGCCUACGAGUCGAGGGUGCCGGUAACCGCAACGCAGAACGCCCCUGCUGAACAAACGGACAGUAACCCGAGCCUCCAGUUGAACGGCUCGGCCGAUUCGUUCACCGCCGCCGAGGUAGUUGCGGACGAAGCUCGAGCAGCUCAGUUGCGCCGACGUCGUCCCGGCAACGACGAGAAGCCUGUUACCGAAGCCGUAGCAGCCUUGCCUGGAGAUAAGAAGCUUCCAGUUAAGAGAAACAUCGACCCCUUUGAUGAUGCGCGAUACAAGUCGGACGGAUUGUGGCAAGAUUUGAGAACGGGCAAAUGGAUGCUCAUCCCUUCCUCUUCCUUGCCGAUCCUGGUGCUCCCGAUCCUGCUCUACAUCAACCAUGAAUAUAUCCUGACCAACCCGAACAUCCCCCUGCCGGAUGUGUUCCGUCAAAUUGUCCCCAUCACGACUAGGAACCCCUGGACUCCCUUGCUAUUCCUGAGCGGAUUCGACGGGAGAGAUGAGGCUGGGACUUCGUUCUACAAAAGGAGCUGGUUGGAUUUGCUGUUCAUCGCUUAUCACAUUGUCUUCUUCUCCUUCGUGAGACAAAGCAUCACGCUCUAUAUCCUGAGACCGCUUGUGAAACGCCUAGGCAUUCCUCCAGCCAAGUUCGAGCGCUUUACCGAGCAGGGGUACGCUUUCCUCUAUUUCGGCUUCUUCGGGCCUUUGGGCAUGUAUGUGAUGCACGGCUUGCCCAUCUGGUGGUACAAUACAUCGGCUUUCUGGACGACAUUUCCGGUUCUGAGGAUGACCGGACUGCUCAAGGCAUAUUACCUCUUGCAAGGCAGUUAUUGGUGUCAGCAGGCUAUUAUCCUGGCUGCUGGUGUCGAGAAGCCCCGGAAGGAUUUCAAGGAACUCAUUGCCCACCAUAUCAUCACUCUGUGGUUGAUCGGCUGGAGCUACAUGCUGACCCUUACCUAUAUCGGCGUGGCAGUCUACGUAACCAUGGACGUCUCUGACAUCUUCCUCGCUCUGGCCAAGUGUGUCAACUACGUCAGCGAAGACGCUUCCGCGCCCUUCUUUGCAUUCUUUGUCGUGGUUUGGACAUACAUGCGGCAUUACUUGAACCUCAAGAUCUUGUAUUCCGUGUGGACCGAGUUCGACCUGGUCCCGGAAUGGGCCCGUACGACCACUUUCGAGCCUUGGAAGGAGACCGGGCUUUUGGCAUGGUGGCUUCAACCUGUUAUCUUCGCGUCCAUCUUUUUCCUACAGCUCAUCAACCUGUUCUGGUACUUCCUGAUUCUUCGCAUCUUGUUCCGGGCCUUGUUCUCCAAAUCGCUAUCGGACGAGAGGUCGGAUGAAGACGAGUAACGCGAUCCGCGGAUCGGACAUCAACUUGGCACGCGACUGCGAACCACGUGGGGCACUCCGGGGCUAGUAACCACUUGUAAACACGCGUCACCUGCGAUUGCAGAUCACUUCGGGGGGGUCGUGACAUGUUGUUAUUUGCAUAUUGCUGUUCUUCGA